ACAUGCCCUCAAACAGUCGCCACGCGGCAGUCGUAUAAGACGUAAACUCAGAAAUAAAUAAAUAAAUAAAACAACAUUAUCAUUACGAAAGUUAAGUCUGUGUAAUUUAAAGUGAUUACUUUUUAUCAACAUGUAUUUCUUUGGAUUUAUUCGACAGCGCGCGCAUUUCGCGCCACUAUUUAAAUGCAAGUGAUUAUUAUUAUUAUUUAUGUCAUUAUUUUUAUCUUAAAUACCUAUUGUGAAUAACAUUUGAAUGUUUUAAUCUAACCCACUGUCAGUGAAUUAAAAUAAUAAUCAUUUUAAAUAGAAAUAAAUAUUUAAGUUAAUGGACAAGAUAAUCCAUUUGACGGUGCGGAUUUAUCCCGACAAAAGUCGUCAAUAGCAAGAGAAGAUGUUGUGUUGAAAAUGAUAAAAGUAAUGAGAUAUUAAUUAAAAUAAAAAAGGAAGAAAAUAAGGAUAACAGGCGAUUAAAAUAGCCUCACGCUCGUGCUUACUGGCUAUGGGCGAGAAUCUAAUCUCAGCAGGUAAUCGAGACAACGACGAAGAGCUCGAAAAGAAGACACGUGAAAAAAGUAUAGGUUCAUCAUCUUUACGUCUCUUGAUAUUCAUCCCUACGUGGCGUGGGUUUGUAAAUCAACGUGCAAGGGUUUCAAGUCUCGUCACUGGCUUUACUCUUGUUAGUCUCCUCGUCUUUAGUCUCUUCAGGCCAUCUUUGGCAGUUCCUAGGAGAAUGCAACAACACCAACAUCAUCACCACCAUCAUCAUCAUCAUCAUCAUUAUCAAGUCAAGCCCCUUGAGACUCAUGAGGGAAACAACGACAAUGCGUUGCUUCAUGACGAUGAGCUUGAGACCAUAAGAAAAAGUAUCGUGGAGGGUCUUGGUCUCGAGAGGAUACCCGAUCCUUCAAAGGCAAACGUGAGUCAGGCAGAGUAUGAAAGAGCCCACCAUGAGUACAUGAACAGACUACAAAUGUCGAGAGCACCUGAAGAUCGAAGACAAAAAAGACUUUAUACAUUUUAUGCUUCAGAGCAAACUUCAAUUUCAACAGGACAAGAAAUCUUUCAAAAUGACCGUCAAAUAACCUACAAGUUUUUCUUUCCAAUUGACAUUUCUGAACAACAUUCAAUUGUUGAUUACGCUAAUCUAAGGCUUCUUGUGGGUUCAAAUGAUUAUCAAGAUUUAGUUGGUAUCACUGUUUAUCAACUCACCAAUUCUUCCAGACAACUUGUCACGCAGGAAUACAUUCGAAGACUUGAUUCUCCUCGAUGGAUUGAAUUAGAUAUUACCGACAUGGUUACAUUGUGGCAUGAAGGUUCUGCUGAUAACCUAGGCCUUGAAUUACAAUUAAACAGUAAUAUUAUCUUUUCAAAUCCAAUAUUAAAUAUUUUUACUACAUUAGAAUCUCGAGAAUUUCGAAAAAGAAGAUCAGCUUCUGAUCAUUUAAUGUCUCUUCAUAAAGGACGACGUACUGAAUGUCGUGGUGAUAACAAAAAAUGUUGUAGACAUGAGAUGACUGUUAUAUUUAAAGACCUCAAGGGUUUUGAGUUUAUUGUUCAGCCAAAAAAUUUUGAUGCUGGUUAUUGUAAAGGACGAUGUCCACCACGGUAUAAUCCUGCUCAUCAUCAUGCAUUACUUCAAAGUCUCAUUUGGAAAGAAGAUAAACGUAAAGUACCAAGACCAUGUUGUGCUCCAAGUAAAUUAGCUGAAUUGGAAAUACUUUAUUUUGAUGAGAAUGAUCCAACAAAAUUAAAAGUAUCAAGUUGGAAAAAUAUGAGGGUAUUGGAAUGUGCGUGUUCAUAAGGAAUUAGAAUAAAAAAUUUUUUCAUUUUAUUAUUUACUUUACCAAAGAUUUUGUAUGUAGGUAAACCAAGUCCAACCUUUUUUCUUUGUAUCAAUAUAAUUGUUUCUUUUUUUAAGUUUCUCAUGACUGUGAUAUUAAAUAUGGAACUUGAACCUUCCACAUGUAAUUUUCAUCUAUUAUUAUUUUUAUUAUUCAUAAAUUUACUAAACUAUUAUUAAUCAUUACACUGACUUGUAUUAAUUAAUUAAAUGGUUGUAAAGCACAUUAUUACUCUCUCAUAUGUUUAGAAAUAAGUAACUAACACAUUAGCGUAUAAUGACAGGCAAUGGUGCAACAUUUGAUGUACAAUAUUUGAAGUUGUUUUCUUUUUUAUUUAUAAAAGCAUUACAAAAAUAGUUGAAAUUUUUUGUCAUGCAGAUUGCGAUUAUUGUAAUUAUUUAUAUAAUUUUAAUAUAACUUAUUACUAUGUUGACCAUUUGUUUUAUAAAUGCAUAUGCAGAGAGUUAGGUAGAUAGAGAGAAAGAGAGAGAGAGCAGAGAAGAAGGGAAAUUGAUAUAUUUAACAUUCUAAAUCAUUUGUUCAUGUAUAAUAUCACAUGUGUAUUUAUUAUUAUUAUUAUUUAUUGAUGAUGUAUGUUUAUACUGAUGUUGUACGUUUUUAAGUAAAAUUGUAAAAUUUUGUUUCGAUAAUAUUUGUAUGUAGGAAAAUAUUAGAAUUGUUGCGUUUUUAUACUAUCAUUAUUAUGAUUAUGAUUAUUAUUAUUAUUAUCGUUAUGAUUAGGAUGUUAAAAUAAAAGAGGUGUCAAUAAUUUUGAAAAGUCAAUUAUAUGAGUUAAUGAACAUAUCAUUUUUUGUUCAAUUUAUUAUUAAAUUUUGUAAAUUAAAAAGAUGAUUUUUGUUUUGAAUAAUCAGUUGUUUAAUUUAAGAAUCUCAUAUUUGAGGAUGGUAA